CCUUCGAGCCGGAUAGUUAACAGCGACCUAUGGAUAAAGUCCGCGAGUGUUUCGUUUUUGCUUGUGUUAAUUAAAAGUAAAUUCCAGCUAGUGAAAUUAAAAAUAAAAUGGCGAGACCUAGUCUAUGUGUAGAUGAAUCAAAGAAGAAAAAUCAGCAAGAAGAAUAUAGCUGUAAAUAUCAGCAAGAUUUAUCGACAGCGGCAAGCGGCUUAAUAUUGGUAUUGUAUGUGCAUGUGUUCUUUUUACAAUAUAUUUUUACAUUUUGUGCAAGUCCCAACAUGAAUCAGCGUGUCUGCUAUUCAAGGGGAAACAAGAGUAAACAGCUACUCUCAGCAAGCGGUACUGUAUUUUAUAUAGAGGGAUACACAAAAUACAUAAAUGUGUAUACUCACGUACAACUAGCAGGCGAACGAGAAGAAGAUGACAAAGAGGAGAAAAACACAAGCAGCAGCUGCGUGUGCUCCGUAGGUUGUUUUUGUUUGUCUCGACUCUCGUUCAGUUGUUUAUCAAUCGGUGCUAGAAUAAGUUCAAGUUUAGAUUGCGAUUUAUUUAUUACUGUGCGAGCGCUAUCUCGAUUUAAAAUUUAAAAAUUUUUGUUUAAAAAAAAAAAUAUAUAUUUAUUUCUCGGAAGAAAACUGAUACCCAAAUGGCGAACAAUAGGAUCCAUGAGGCAUGCCUCAAAGCGAUGAAGAGGAUGGAAGGCUAUUUGGAGCAACCCAGGGAAGAUGAGGACGAAGAGGACCUGCAAGUGCGGCUUGAACGUCUGGAAGAAGUAUGGAGCCAGCUUUCGGCGAACCAUAUAAAGUGGAUAUCUGGCAAGGGAAAUGACGUGGACGAGGCGUCAGAGCGGCAAGCAGACGCCGAGGAACUUUACCUAGGCACAAAGAGGAAGUUUCGCAAGCGGAUAUCUGCGAUUGCGCAGCGCCAAAGGGAGCAGCGAGUUGAGAAGGAAACGGCAAGCGGACAGGCGAUAGAGGUGUCCAUCCAAGUGCCUCCUCAGCAGGAGGUAAAAAAUACGUGGGGGGAGUUCGAUGGGUCCCUCACGAAGUGGCAAGGGUUCAGGGAUCGUUUCGUGGCAGCAGUGCAUGAAAACGAGCAAGUCAAGCCGGCUUUCAAAUUUCAGCAUCUCGCCAAAUCGCUGACCGGCAAGGCGGCCAGGACUUUAGGCGAAUGGCAGCUCACGGAAGGUAAUUACCUAGAAGCCUGGGCUAGGCUCAAUCAACUGUACGAUAAAAAGUACCAGACAUGCCGUGAGUUACUGAGGCAGUUCAUGAGUCUGCCAUGUCUGCCAGCUACACCUCGUGCAGACCAGAUCCAGAGGCUCUCAAAUGUGACACACGAGACCCUGCGACAGCUCAAAGCGCAAGGGAUUCCAGUGGAAUACUGGGAUAUGAUCGUGGUCCACUUGCUACACGAGCGGCUGGAUGCGGACACGGCCCGCCAAUGGGAGUUGCAACGGCAAUCUGAAACUCCAACAUCAAAGGAGAUGCUGGCAUUCCUGGAUCGGCAAGCAUCGGCAAGCACACAACCGGCAAGCAGCCAUCAGGCUAAGGCGGCCUUCAUGAUGAGCGGCGCAGCAGCGAGGGAAGAGUCGAGGCAGCGCUUCGACAAAUUCAGCAGCGAGCGAGUAGGGCAGCUAGGGAACACGGCCGGCCAGUCCAAGCAAGGAAUAAAGCCAUCGAUGAAUUGGCAAGGCAGCAAGCCGAGCAGAGCGAUAAGACAUCAGCAUAGGUGCGAGUUAUGCGGCGAGGAACAUCAGUUAUACCAUUGCAAGCAAUUCAGGGCUUUGGACCAGUCAGCUAGGGUACGUUUUGUGCGCAUGCACAUGUUGUGUGAGAAUUGUUUCAAGCAAGGACAUAACAUGAAUGCGUGCUUCCAGUCUCCGUGCCCGAGAUGUCCAUUUAAAAUAAUGCACAACAGCUUAUUAUGCCCAAGCCACAGAGUACCUCUGGCAGAGGUUACUGUGAAGAAAGGCAUUAAACGCGAUGCCGAUUGACAAUCAAUUAUUCCGGCUAAGCGGCAAAAGUUGAAUAAAAAUAAGAACCUUCUUGAUAGCUA